GAAAAACAUCAUUUACAAGUUUUGAAGCGUUUAGUAUUUUUGAUUGCAAUUUUGCUCCAUCUGAAUGAACAUGCGUUGGAUCAAGGUGCGAUUCAGUUUUGACGCAGCAUUGAUACGUCGUGAAAAUAUUUACCUCUCAAAAUCCAGUGACUCAGAGAAAUUUCGUUGACGAGAAGCAUUAACUGCCGAAUAGUAACGGUAGAAAAUAGUGAAAUUUACACGGCAGUUUUUCCUAUCAUGUCCAAUUAAACCAAAGGACUCAUGUAUUGGCUGUGUGCAGAUGUUUUUGAGUAGGCUGAUCAAUACGUCACUCAAAAAAGACUAGAUCGAAUAUCCGAAUGAUUCCCUCGCGGUGUCAAAGCUGUAUGACCAUCUUGCUAGGUCUGUUGCCUGCAGCACUUUUUUUGAGUCCAGAAUACAACAUCGCCAUUUUGAAAGAAAAACACAUCUGUCCUGAUGUCAUACCCAUUGAGGACUGCCCGGGUGAGAGGGUGGAGCUAGCAUGGGACAAUGCCAUUGUAGAUUUUGGAGUGUCAAUGGAUGCGAAUGAUAUUCUUUACUCUCCUUCUAAAUCACGUUGGCCCAUUCAAAAAGGAGCUUUAUACGUCUUGAUAUUCAUAGACCCAGAUGUUCCGACAAGAGAAAAUCCCUCUGAACGAGAGUACUUGCACUGGUUGGUCGAGAAUAUUUCUGGAGAUAAUUGUCAUCAUGGUGAAACCCUUUUUGACUAUAUAGGGCCUAUACCAGAGCACAUGCGUGGUACUCAUAGGAUGGUCUUCUUAGUCUAUCAACAACCUGGCACAAGUGGCACAGACUUUGUCAGGUAUGAGGAGGAGGAGUGGCCCUUUGAGCGCAGAGAAAAGUUGCGAGUCAAGUUUUCAUCCAAUAAUUUUGCGAAAAAGUAUAACCUGACGGGACCAAUUGCAGCAAAUUUUUUCAUGGCCCACUGGACGCAGAACACGGCGCAGAAUUUGUCUAAAUCAACAACUUCGACCACAGAGGAUCCCAGAGAGUUCGACAUGCAAAUAUAUGGUUGAAAAACAUUUUAUCAUUCAUUUCCUUAGAAAUUACACACUACGAUUGUCAAUAUGUAAUGUCAAAGAUAUACAAAGAUGAGAAGCUAAAACUUUU